UUCAUCCAGGGUCUGCCUGUGGCCCUUCUUGCUGUUAUUUUGGCUCAUAGGACCAGAGGCCCUAGAGUCUAGCAGGGGACUUAGGCCCUAGUAGUGACAGCUAAUACUCAUGGAGGACUCAGUUUGUGCCAGGGGCUGUGCGAAGGCCUCAUGGCAGUCACUGAGGCCAUCGAAGAGGGUUCAUCCCUGGACCUCUGUGUUAGCUGUACAUCCCUGUGACAAAACACCUGACAUAACUGCCUUAUUAAAGGGUGGUCUGUUUAGCUCACCGUUUCGGAGAUUUCAGUCCUUGAUCAAUCGGUCUGAAGAGCCUCCUAAAGGUGUGCAGUGCCUCCCAGUAACACAGCCCUGGAGACCAAGUAAGUCUGUACUACGCAUACAGGCCUCUGGAGGACACUUGUACCAACCAUCACAGCCCCAUUUUACAGGAGAGCAAACCGAGGCUAAGAGCUGAAGUCAUAGGCAUACAGUGUUGGCCAGCUAGAGAGAGGUGGGGUCAGGUCUCAGCCUGUGGGUCUCUUUCGGCUUCAAAGCAACGUCCCACUGUCCUGCUUUGCCUGGAUGAUUGUGCUGUACCUAACUUGGGGCUGGAGAGAGGGCACAGAACGCUUAUUUGGCACCCUGGACCAGAAUCCAAGAGAGCACCAGGGACUUGUCUGGGUUCACACAAUGAGGUGCCUGCCUUUGAGUGGAGGAGGCUCCCAGCGCCCAGAGCCCAGAGCAGGGUCGGAAGUCUCUCCUGAUCGUAUAGGCCAGAGCUUUCUGUGCAGCCCCCAACUUUGGCCUGAGUGGGCAUCGCCGGUCCCCCUCUCAGCACCCCGCCUCUCUGCAGGUCACGCCACGUCCACAUCCGCAUCAAGAUGCUCCAAACUGCCCAGCAGCACCAAGUCGGGCUGGCCCCGGCAGAACGAAAAGAAGCCCUCAGAGGUUUUCCGAACAGACUUGAUCACAGCCAUGAAGAUCCCGGAUUCCUACCAGCUCAGUCCGGAUGACUAUUACAUCCUGGCGGAUCCGUGGCGGCAGGAAUGGGAGAAAGGCGUGCAGGUGCCCGCAGGCGCGGAGGCCAUCCCGGAGCCUGUGGUGAGGAUCCUCCCGCCACUGGAAGGCCCCCCCACGCAGGUGUCCCCAGACAGCUCUGCACUGGGUGAAGGCUCCCAGCCCACGUGGCCCGGGGGCAGCCGCUAUGACCUGGAUGAGAUUGACGCCUACUGGCUGGAGCUCAUCAACUCCGAGCUCAAGGAGAUGGAGAAGCCUGGGCUGGACGAGCUGACGUUGGAGCGUGUGCUGGAGGAGCUGGAGACUCUGUGCCACCAGAAUAUGGCGCGGGCCAUCGAGACACAGGAGGGGCUCGGCAUUGAGUAUGACGAGGACGUCGUCUGUGACGUGUGCCGGUCCCCUGAGGGGGAGGAUGGCAACGAGAUGGUCUUCUGUGACAAGUGCAAUGUCUGUGUGCACCAGGCAUGCUACGGGAUCCUUAAGGUGCCCACGGGCAGCUGGCUGUGCCGGACGUGUGCCCUGGGAGUCCAGCCAAAGUGCCUGCUCUGCCCCAAGCGAGGAGGAGCCUUGAAGCCCACCAGAAGUGGGACCAAGUGGGUGCACGUCAGCUGCGCCCUGUGGAUUCCUGAGGUCAGCAUAGGGUGCCCUGAGAAGAUGGAGCCCAUUACCAAGAUCUCCAAUAUCCCAGCCAGCCGCUGGGCUCUGUCCUGUAGCCUGUGCAAGGAGUGCACGGGCACCUGCAUCCAGUGCUCAAUGCCCUCCUGCGUCACGGCGUUCCACGUCACGUGCGCCUUUGACCACGGCCUGGAAAUGCGAACCCUCCUAGCAGACAAUGACGAGGUCAAGUUCAAGUCCUUCUGCCAGGAGCACAGCGACGGCCCCCGGAGCCAGCCCCCCUCCGAGCCUGCCGAGCCCAGCCAGGCCGGUGAGGACCUGGAAAAGGUGACGCUGCGCAAACAGCGGCUGCAGCAGCUGGAAGAAGACUUCUACGAGCUGGUGGAGCCCGCCGAGGUGGCCGAGCGGCUGGACCUGGCCGAGGCCCUGGUCGACUUCGUCUACCAGUACUGGAAGCUGAAGCGGAAAGCCAACGCCAACCAGCCACUGCUGACACCCAAGACCGACGAGGUGGACAACCUUGCCCAGCAGGAGCAGGACGUCCUCUACCGCCGCCUGCAGCUCUUCACACACCUGCGGCAGGAUCUGGAGAGGGUCAGGAAUCUCUGCUACAUGGUGACAAGGCGGGAGAGGACCAAGCGCGCCAUCUGCAAGCUGCAGGAGCAGAUCUUCCACCUGCAGAUGAAGCUUAUCGAGCAGGACCUGUGUCGAGAGCAAGCUGGGAGGAGAUCAAAGGGCAAGAAGAGCGACUCCAAGAGGAAAGGCCGGGAGGGUCCCAGGGGCAGCAGCCCGGAGAAGAAAGAGAAAGUGAAGGCCGGGCCCGACUCCGUCCUGGGGCAGCUGGGCCUGUCCACCUCAUUCCCCAUCGACGGCACCUUCUUCAAUAGCUGGCUGGCGCAGUCGGUGCAAAUCACGGCGGAGGACAUGGCCAUGAGCGAGUGGUCACUGAACAAUGGACACCGCGAAGAUCCCGCUCCCGGGCUGCUGUCGGAGGAGCUGCUGCAGGAUGAGGAGACUCUGCUCAGCUUUAUGCGGGACCCCUCGCUGCGACCCGGCGACCCGGCCAGGAAGGCCCGAGGCCGCACCCGCCUGCCUGCCAAGAAGAAGCCACCGCCCCUGCAGGAUGGACCUGGCUCACGGACGACUCCAGAAAAGCCCCCCAAGAAGCUCUGGGGCCAGGAUGCAGGCAGUGGCAAGGGGGGGCAAGGGCCACCUGCCAGGAAGCCACCUCGGCGGACGUCUGCUCACUGGCCGUCCAGCCCUACAGCUGGGGAUUGUCCCAUACCAGCCGCCCCAGAAAGCCCCCCGCCUCUGGCCCCCGAGACCCCGGACGAGGCAGCCCCAGCAGCCAACGACUCGAAUGUCCAAGUGCCUGGCCCCAGGGUGAGCCCCAAGCCCCUGGGCCGGCUCCGGCCACCCCGUGAGAGCAAGGUCAUCCGGAGAUCACCGGGGGCCAGGCCCGAGGCCGGGAUGGGACCUGAGAGGCCAAAGGUCAGCCUGCGCUUUGACACUGAGGCCGAUGGCUACUUCUCUGACGGGGAGAUGAGCGACUCAGAGGCAGAGGCGGACAGCGGGGUACAGCGGGGGUCCCGGGAGGCGGGGGCCGAGGAGGUGGUCCGCAUGGGGGUCCUGGCCUCCUAACUCACCCCUGUCCCUGUUUUGGGCCCUGCCCUGGUCCCCCACAAGGCCUCAGCCCAGUCACAACUGCCAUUUCCAGUCUCCGCUGAGUGUCCCAGACCCUCGAGGCUGCCACUCUGUUGUGGUUUUAUUUUUAAUAGAGAGUUCCAAUUCCACACUGUUGUCUUUGCUCCGUGCUGGCCUAGGAUGUUAGGGUUCCUUCCACGGCUCUGGCCGCAAGGACCGUGCCUGGUCCUGUGUGCCGCCCCUGUCGCAACUUGUGCGGCACUGCUGGGCUUCUGGCUAGAUGUAGGCAAGGAGAAGAGCUCAGGCCUCCCGCCCGCUGCCGCUAGGGACGCGGACUGUUUGGGCAUUAUUCCACGGCGGCCGGGCCAGCCCGGGGCCUGGCCCGCUCACCUCGCCCCUGCCGCACUCCGGCCCCAGUGUAGGGUGGGGGUCCUGCUGCACUCCACUGAUCCCCCAGGAAGUCUUACAAGUGACACCCAGCCAGAGUCUACUCACUGUCACAAGCACAACGAGUUUCUAGGAGAAAGCACUGAGGGGCGCA